CCUAAAGAGAGAAAAGGGUGUUCCGGAGGAGGAGAUGACAAGCCCGAAGAGCAUCCUCCGGUCACCGUCACCGAGAGGUAGCUACGGCGGCAUGAAGAAGAAGAAUUGUGAACAAGUAGCAGGUGCUGUGGGUUUGGGUAUCGUUGCCGCCAUGGAGAAAUCCGGGGCCGGAGUCGGACAAGGUGAAAUCCUGGCCAAAUUCUUCGUGGGCAGCCUCAAUCUCAAUCUCAACCGCAACCGCUCUGACCCUAUUCCCAUCGUCGUCCGUGGUGGUGGUCUAAAUUGUACAAAACCCACUGCUACGUCCAGACCUCGACCACGAGUAGGAGCAGAUGCUGAUGUUGAUGACUAUGAAAGACGACGUAAAAGUAGUGUCUUUUGCUUGUCACCGCCUGAAUGUGGUGGUGUAGUCUCUGCCAACCUAGAGAUUCCGGCGUUUCUGACACCAGACUUCCUUAGUUCAUGCCAUCUGUGCCGGAAAAAGCUCCAUGGCAAAGAUAUCUAUAUGUACAGGGGAGAGAAGGCGUUCUGUAGCCCAGAGUGCCGAUACCAACAGAUAGUAACUGAUGAGAGGAAAGAGAAAUGCAGAGCUGAAGCUUCACGACCUGCAGAUCUCUCUGCUUCUCCCUAUACUAACAAUCCCAUUCGGGACCAACUCUUCUCUCCUGGUAUCAUCGCCGCCUAGCUAGCUAGCUAGCUAGCCCCACUACUACUACUACUACUACUAC